AUGUCAAACCAGUUAAAAGGAAUAAGCAUUCAAUUUCACUUGCCUCUGGAUUGCUACCGGGCCUCAUUACGUGUUUUAAGUGGCAAUAAAUUAAUAGAUGAUUUUAUUGAAUUAACGCAAACGUUUAGAAACUGUACAAAUAGAAAAAAAUUAGAAUUUAUUCCAUAUAAACAAUUUACCAAUAUUGAAUAUCUUGCUAAAGGAGGAUUUAGCGUAAUAUAUAAAGCAACAUGGGUUGAUGGACUUAUUACUUGUUGGAAUUAUAAGAAGCAAAAAUUCAAUCGAAAAAAAAAUUAUGAUGUUGUUCUUAAAAUACUUAAUAAAUCUGACAAAAUGGAUUCUGAUUAUUUAAAUGAAGUAUCCUUUUUUCAUUGCAUAAAAGAUAGUUUAGAUCAUAGUUAUAAAAAUGAUAAUAUCCAUCAAUAUCUCGGCAUUACGCGACAUCCUGAAACAAAAAAUUACAUAAUAGUUAUAGAAUUUGCACAGAAUAGAGAUCUACAUUAUUUUCUAAAUAAAGGUAAAAAUCCUUUAUCUUGGAUAGAAAAAUUAAGAUUGUUACAUAAAAUUUCAAGUGGGCUUAAGAUAGUACAUGAUCAUAACUUCAUUAAUCGUGACCUUCAUAGUGGAAAUAUUCUCAUUAACCAGAUUAAUAUUCCAGCAAUUGCAGAUUUAGGAAUAAGCAAACCAGCAGAUACAUCAUCAGAUGAGGAUACAGUUUAUGGAGUUAUUCCGUAUGUUGAACCAGAAGUAUUGAAAGGAGGAAAGUUUACACAAGCUUCAGAUAUUUACAGCCUUGGUAUGAUUAUUUUGGAAGUAAUAAGUGGCUACAGGCCAUUUUCUGAUCGUAAACAUGAUGAACAUCUCAUUCUAGAUAUUCUUAAUGGUUUUCGCCCAAAAAUUCCAACAGACAUUCCACACGAAUUAGUUAAAUUAUUGGAAAGAUGUUGGGAUCCAGAUCCAAAAAAAAGAACUUUUAAGGAUUUUAUUAAUUUUUCUAUUUUAGGGUUUUGGGAACAAAGGAGACGAAGGGAAAUGGGCGAUUUGGGAUAUGAGCUUGAUCAACUUAUUAGAAAAGCAAAAAGUGGAGAAAUAAAAUUUCCAGAAAUUAUAGGUACAAGUAUUUUACCAACUAAAAUAAACGAACAAGCAAUUUAUUCCAGUCGACCAUUAACGCCAUUAAUUAGUAAAGCAUUGACUUUACAAAUAUAUUAUUGGGGCGAACAUGUUAAGAAUAUUAUCGCAUUUUUGAUGAAAUUCGAUGGUAAUAUUCCAAUCGAUUUGAAUAACUUAAGAGAACAAGUCGAAAAUAAUUAUAAAGAAGUCGAACAUUAUCAUGAUUGGUUAAGCAGUUUACGCAAAUUAUACAUUAGAGUUCAAGAACGUUAUUUUGAUAAAUUGAAUGAAGAAAUGACUAGUGAAAUUUUCAUCAGCCUACAAAAUGAAGAUGAAUUCAAAACAAUUAAAACUGAGAUCCGUGCCAAUCCUUUUUUAAUACAAGAUUGGUCAAAGUAUAGAGAAAGAAUUUUACGAAUUUUACCAGGGAUUUAUCAAUCUUCUUUAGAUAAACGUAUGAAAGAAAAUUCGGAACGAAUUCUUAAAAAUCAAGUUAAAAUUAUCAAAGGUUUAAGGAAAUUAACAUAUGGAACUGCUAAUCGGCCUUUGAAUAAAAUUAUAAGCAUUUGGGAUCCAUUAUAUCAAUAUUUAGCUAUAUGUCCAAGUUAUGUAAAUCCUCCAGAAAGGGAUGAAUCAGUUUAUACACGAGAAUUUAUCGAAAAAACACUUUUACCAAUGCUCAAAAAAGAGGCAGAUGAACUUCGCGCGACGAGGGUACCCCCUCCUCCAUAUUUACUUGACAUACAUGGUGCGUUAAGAGUUGGUAGCCUUCGAA